AUGGAUUCAGGAACCGCCCAUGGCGCCCAGUUUGAAGAGGCCAUCCGCGUAACACCCCUCGGCCAUAACCGCUACUCCGCAUUUCUCCAGAAAUCUUUCUGUAUCGGCACAGUACCUCAUGGCGGCUACACGAGCGCGGUUCUCUACCGCCUCGCCCUCGUGCACUUUGCGACGGCCCAUCCCAACCUGUAUAAGGGCGAGCCGGCAACCCCCAUUUCAAUGCACUUGACCUUCCUAAGACGUACGGCUGAAGGACCCGCAAAACUGCGUGUGCACGACAUGAAACUUGGGAAGAGAACUAGUUCUCUGCAUGUUGAGCUUCUACAGCCUAAAGAUCAGGCACAAAGUGGCACAGAAAUCGACGAAAGGGAAAUGGAAGUUAAAGUCGCCGGGUACAUCACAGUCAGCCCCGCGAGCUCAGAGGUCGGAGUAUCAGCAAAAACAAAUUGGGAACUUCACCCGAAACCCGUGAGCGGAAGCCGAAGUGACGGCGGCGUCGACUUCGACCGGCUAUCCAAGACAGGCCGGGACGAAGCCUGGGCCAGGCAAGACCCGCCAUUUGCUCAGUUCCGCAAGGCCACGACGCAGGUUGAGCUAUACGGUAUUGAUCCGGCGCUGAAGAAGCGCAAGAACGGGAUUGUGGAUCAAUGGGCGAGGCUGAAGCCGGAGGGGCAACUAACAAGAUGGAGCAAUGAAGCCGUUGUGUUCCUCACGGACAUGUUCCCCAUGGCGCUGGAUGGGUUUGACACGAUGGCUGAUGGAAGAGAGUCGGGCUCUGCGACUGGGGGAGCUGGGCCGACAGCCAAGUACUGGUUCCCGACCGUGUCGCUGAGUAUUGAUUUCAAGAAGAGACUGCCGCCGGCGGGCGAGGAAUGGCUGUAUAGCCGGGUCGUCACGAAGGAGGUGCGAGACGGGAGGACGGAUUUGGACGUCACGAUUUUGGACGCAAAGGGAGAGAUUGUGGCGCUGAGCACUCAAAUCGGGCUGGUCGUGAGUGCCAGUCGGAACAUUGGGAAGCGAGCCCGGUUGUAG